GCACUCACUCUUCUUCGCGCAAGCCUGCAAGUCAAACACCGAUACCUAAUACUUAGCCCAAAACAGCUACUUUCGCAGCGAUCUCGGUUCACCAGUCAAAAUGCAGUGUGCAAGGAAGUCGAUCUCGACGAGCACUACUCGCAAGGCUUUCGGCGCCAGCCGUGGCUCGGCCGUCGUAGUAAAGGCGGUCCACAGGGAGGCCCCCGCGGCCGCCGACGUGCCCCGCCGCUCGCUGCUGCUCUCCUCGCUGGCGGCCGCGGGCGCCGCCGCCGCCACCUCGCUGCUGGCUGCGCCGCUGCCCGCCGCCGCCGCCGACCCGGUCACGGACUUCCUCCGCGGCUACACGCGGCCGGAGGUGGGGCUGCAGGAGGCGGUGGUGAUCCUGAUGGACGCGCGCAGCACACUCAAGGAGAUCGAGGCCCUGGCUGCCACUCCCGAGGACAGCGAGGAGCGCUUCCGCGCGCGCGCCCUGUGGCCGUCCUUCGCCAAGCGCCUGCGCGCCGUGGCGGAGGCGGCGCCGGUGGCGGUGGCGGCGGUCACGGGCGCGGCGGACAAGGAGGAGACGCUGGGGGAGAUGUACGGCGGCAAGGCGGGCGGCGCGGGGGCCGCUGACGCCGUGUACGCGGCUCUGGGCCGGGUGCUCACCAUCAGCGGCCGCACCAUCCGGCCCGAGGCGCAGGCCGGACCCGAGGCGGCGGCGGACGCGGAGGCAGCCAUCAGCGGCUUCCUGGGCAAGCUGCCGGCACCGCUGCUGGACGAGGCGCAGGCCUUCCGCGUGGAGCGGGCCAAGGCGGCGGCUGCGUGAGCGGUGCAGGAGCGGGGCAGGAGCAGGAGAAGUAGGAGCAGGAGCAGCGGGGGGAGCAGGAGAAGUAGGAGCAGCUGGAGCAGCAGCAGCAGCAGGAGCAGACGCGGGAGGGGGGGGGUCAAGCAUCACAUGGCUGAGUGCGAGGCCCGGACUGGAGGGUUGCUUGCGGUGUGCCAUUGUGUGAGGUGCCGGCAGGGGAACGGGAAGAUGAGGACGACAAGGAAGAAGAUGAUGAGAAGGGCGGAAGGACGGGCAGCAAGGGCAUGGACGUGCUCGUGUGUUUUACAAUUUGUUCCACAGCGCGCAGCGGAAGUCUGGUGUGCACUGGCUCACAUGCUGCAUGUGCCGUCGGGUGACUGGCUGUAACACAACUGGCUU